GCUGUGAUGCUGAGUGUCAAACUCGCGCGAUUGUUUUGGCAGGAUGGCCGCCCCUCUCAGUGACAGCAAUCAGAGACCACUGCAGAAUGCCAUGAAGCUUGUAAAAGUGGCCAUUCAGCUGGACACCAGCAACAGACACAAGGAGGCAUACUGUGAAUACUUAAGAAGUAUCAACUACAUCUCCCACGCUCUGCUUGAAGAUGCCGAAUCUAAACUCGAAGGAGAGAUGGAGUCGGUGGAAUUAGAGAAGAUGGUGAAACUGGUUGAGCAAUGUUUGGAGAGGGUCAAAUCAUGUAUAAUAAGGAAGCGAGAGUCCCCUGCACCUGCCACCUCCUCCACCUCUCUGUCCGAUCCCAAACAGACCACCAUUCCAGCUAUUAAUGCAUUAAGUGAUCUCAAAAUAUCAGAAAUGCCUAAUGAGCCGGCAUUGGUUUCUGUGACACAAAGUAAGCAACAGCCCAGCAGACAUCGCAGAGUCCUCUCUGAGGGAGGGGUGGCAGGCUCCCCCUUUCUGCCACCUGAAGUCUUCCAAAAGUUUCAGACAGUUGAGUCACAAGACAACCGAAAGGAAUUAACGCCUAUUGAAGAAGCGUCGCGUCUGAACCAGAAACUUAAGGCUAAUUAUGAAGCACGACUGGCAAGACUUACCCCUGGUCAGGCCACACAAAAAACCUCAUUGACUCUCUCACUUCAGAGGCAAAUGAUGGAGAAUCUAAUAAUAGCCAAAGCAAGACAAGAUGCACUUCAAAGGAAAAUGGAGGAGAGGAGACUCCGGCUGCAGGAAGAAGCCAACAGGAGGUUUGCAACCUGUGGGACCAUUACACCUGAGGAACAAGAGCAGCGAGUUCUGUAUGCAAGUGUGCUUGAAUAUGAGCAUGAUCAUGAAUGGCCAAAAAUUUGGAAAGCUAAUCUGAAAAUGAAUCCAAAUGAUCCGACACUGGUUAUAGGUCUUAUCUCCUGUCUUCUCAGCUACCCAGAUCACCCAGUCAUGAAGUUGCUGAAGAAGCUUCAGUAUCGUGUGUAUAACAGACUGUAUCCCAUAGUGAGCCAGUGUGUUCCUCUGGACACAGUGCCUGGUUGCUCACUACCCUUAAAGCCAUCCCGCAGCGCCCAGAGCCUGCUCCUGUUCGACAGUCAUAUCUCUCCGCAGCAGCAGCAGAGCCCACUCAAAUCUGCUCUGACACACAGCUUAUCUGAUGCCUCCAUCUCCCUUUCCCCAUCCCACGACCUCAACUCAAGCGACACUAAGUCCGAAACCGAACCGCACGAGUCAUCAACUCUGAUCUCCACAGAUAGGGAGAACUCUUUUGAGGAUCUGGAGAAGUUUCUUACUCAGCUGGACUGGGUUCCUUCUCACAGUGGAGAUGAUAUCGACUCUGAUGUGACCUUUGACACAACACACAUGGACCUAGAGUCUCACAUUCAUGAUCUUGAGGAGCGUGCUCUGAAGGGACAUUUGAAGGCCAUUGUCAAAGAUAUUCACAAUGCUAUCGAUCGCCUGCUGUCUCUGUGUCUUCUGUCUUUUGAAUGUCUCAACACUGCCAUCUCUAAGGACCAAUGUGUGGCCAGCAUAGAAGAAGUCUUCUUCACCCCUAUUUGGCGCCCUCUAUUGGCACUCUUUAGGGAAGUGAAUCAAGAACGGGAGCUGGCUGUUGAGAACAGCAUGCGUCUUCAUCGUAAUGUUUCACCUGGUGAUCUUGGUGUAGCAUCCAAAUUGUUCCCUAGAGACACCGCUGUGCUGCACGGUUCCUACCCAUAUGAGUCGGCAGUACAGGAGUUGAAGCUUUUGUGUAGAGACUAUUGUCCUCAAAAGAAACUUGAAUGUAUUGUGAGAACUUUACGAAUGAUCUGUGGCUGUGCUGAAGAGUACCGCCUCCUGCAAGAAAACGACCCUCAACCCAAAUCAGCAGCAAUAGGUGCCGAUGACCUAUUGCCCAUCCUGGCGUUCGUGGCAUUACGCAGUGAAACGCCUCAGCUGGUGUCUGAAUGUGCUGCGUUGGAAGAGUUCAUCCACGAGGGGUAUCUGAUUGGAGAGGAGGGGUACUGCCUGACGUCAAUGCAGAGCGCACUGACCUAUGUCGAGUCACUGUUCUUGGGUGGGGCUCCAACCCCAACUGCCAAACCCACCUGACCUUAAAUUAAACAAUUGGAAGGGGAGGGAUGGGCGGUUCCCCUGAUCACAGGGUAAUGCUGCUCUUUUACCUUGAUGGAUGGAUUACAUUGACCUUGCUGAACUUUCAACUUGAUUUCAAGUGAAAUGGUGCAGUUUUUUUUACCACAGGCUGAAGUUACUAUUUAAGGUUGCGUUACUGAAAUAAUGAUAGUCUACGGUGGCUUAAGUUCUAAUUAGAUUACCCAAUCGAGACUGUUAAACAUGCCAAAACGUCAAACAAACUUUCAACCCCUGCCAGAGUGAUGGAGAACACUUUCAUUCACUUUUACUUCUGUACCAGACUCUGCUCUUAAAGUAGAUGGCUGGUUCACAUUGUUCUUGUUCAUCCAAUUUAAUUAGAACCCUUUGUGUUUUGAUUCUAGGUGCCGUAGCCAGCGGUUUUGACGGUCCUCAGGAGUUGCUGUAUCUCCUCUGCUCAGCCUGUUUAGCCCCAAAUCAUAUGCCAGGGUUUAGUUCUGUUCAAAUCUUCCCCACCUGCCGCUUUGAAGGGACUGGUUAUACUGUGUUUGGGCGCUACAGGGCAGGUUCAUCCGAAUGUGGUUAGAAAUGAGAUCAGUGUUGUAGCCAAAAAAAAAAAAUAGUGCAUGGGAUGAAAUGAGCCAGAUGUUAAGAAGGGACUUGUGAAAAGGUUAGUUUUUUAUUUUAUUUCUAUAUAUUCUAAUCCCAUUGAGUUUUUAUUUUUUGUUAAAAUGGUGUUCCCCACAAACUUUUAUGAAAUAUAAAUGAGACUAAAGCACUACUAGCAUUUAUCAUUCUGUUACACCCUAUUUAUUAAACAACAUGAGCGACACUAAUACAGAGUUUUUGUUGUAUUUGAGCUCAGAAUUUUAGCCUAACUGAGUAGGAGAAAAUGGAGCAAAAUGGUCAACUUUGGUCUUACAGAUUUUUAUACACUGAGCUGUGCAUUUCUCUUGCAAGUAAAUAAACCACUAAGCAGACAUGUUAAGCUGUACAGGUUUUAUGUAUUUUUUUAUAUAUAUAUCUUAAUUUGUUAUUUAAAUGCUUUUCACUAAUAGUCAAAGAAAUGAAAUUGAUGUGAAAAAAAGCUUGGAUGUGCAAGAAACACUAAUGCUGCUGGAAUAACUGUCUUCAGUCUGACGUUACCGAUGUUGAGGAGAUUUAAUAAGAAAUGGGUAUAGUGUAUGUGUGUGUGUGCGUGCGUGCGCAAAGGCAUAAAUAAAUAUAUUUAUAUGUUUUGUUUGAGCAGAGUUUUGUGUUUAUUGCUGAAGAUCUGAAAUGAAUGUGAAUGUAGCUUGAAUCUCUUUGUCUGCAGAGACAGCAACCAUGUAUUUUUUACAAAGCCUUGCCAGAGUCUGUGUUUGAUCUUUUCGCAUUGGAUGAUGCACAUGGGCAUGGUUUAAAAAUGCAUAUCAUGUGAAUUUUCGAACAAUAAAGACAUGUAAACUU